CGCCAAGUCUUUUAAUAAAGUUCCCCCCAAGCUUUUUAAAAUAUUUCAAAACUCCCACCAAACUUCCAACUUUAAAACCCCCCACCCCAUUCAACGCAGCCAGAUUCCGUUUCGUUGCCUCUCGUCUCAGGAUCUAAGAAGUGAGGGAACACCAAAUCGCGAGGGGAACAUGGCAGGCAAGGGAGGGAAAGGGCUCGUGGCUGCGAAGACGAUGGCUGCUAACAAGGACAAAGACAAGGGCAAGAUGAAACCCAUCUCUCGAUCUGCUCGUGCUGGUAUUCAGUUUCCAGUGGGUCGUAUCCAUAGGCAACUCAAGACCAGGGUUUCAGCACACGGAAGAGUUGGUGCCACUGCUGCUGUGUACACUGCUUCGAUUCUAGAGUACCUGACUGCAGAAGUUCUUGAGUUGGCUGGAAACGCAAGCAAGGAUCUGAAAGUGAAGAGGAUAACUCCAAGGCAUUUGCAGUUGGCAAUCAGAGGAGAUGAGGAGCUUGACACGCUCAUCAAAGGAACCAUUGCCGGAGGUGGUGUGAUCCCUCACAUCCACAAGUCUCUCAUCAACAAAACCACCAAUGAGUGAUUUGUUUCCUAAGGACUAAGGUUGUUUGAUCGGCUAGUUAGUAGCUUAUCAUGUCAGUGUUUGUUAAGUCUUGGACUGCUUUUCCUUUCCUUUUUUAGUGUUGCCUUUAAUUGGACAUCUUCAGGUGUACAUGAGUUAAUUUGAACUCUUAUGCUUCUUCUUUGCAUACUCUUGUUGUUUUCUGUCAAAUAAACCAAUUUAAUUACCAGUUUUUUAUUA